GGAGAGACAAAUCAAAGGGUUUAGAACGACUUUGGGCAAUGACUAUAGCAGUGGGCGUGUUCAAUGCUGAGACUGGCUCUUUGGAAAGAACAGCUGAAACCAUCUGGUUUUAGUGGUACCAGGUUGUCACUUUAUAAUCGAAGCGAACGAACGAAAAAACAAAAAAGUACGAAAUGGCUACUAUCUAUCUUUUACAUUUACAUAAUAUCUAGAGAUGAGUCAAUACGAACCUAACGUGGCUCCUGCCAAAUCGUUUAUUUCCAAAAUCAAUUCCAAGUUUUCGAAUCUUUCGAUAUCUUCAGGGAUUCAAAAUAUUCAUUCUGAUAAAGAUGGUAGUAGCAAUGACGACACCUUGAUUCAUAAUGCAUUUGUUAAAUUCUUUGAAUCCAGAGGAGAACCUUAUCCCGAAUGGUUAGGAGUGAAAAAAGCCAACCAAGAUCCCAGAUCACAGCAAUCCUAUUCAAGAAGUACUUACCAACAUAAUUCUGAAUUUCAACCAGUUCGUACUCAAUAUAAUACCGGUGCUUACAAUCAACAGCAGUACCAACCCCAACAAUACCAACCUCAACAGGGCCAGCCUCAACAGCAGUACCAGCAGUAUGAUCAAGAGAGCCAAGGUGGAGCUGAGGUGGGGCGUAAGCAAUCUUCAUACACCCCAAGGUCUUCUAGUAAAUUGUUUGAUUUAUAUAAUAAAUCGAGACAACAAGCAGUUCCAGGAUCAGGAUAUAACGCUCAAUCUGCUCCGGCUCCGGCUAGAAGUAAUACGUCUGGGGCCCAUUCCUCGAGACUAAGAGAAAGAAUGAUGAAUCAAUCGCCAAGUAUGAACAAUCUUAGUCAAGCUGCAGGUAACUCUACUUCUGCGAAUAAUAGCUCUGGUAGCAAAGCAACUUGGGGUAGAAGAGGAUAAUUCUUCUUUUUUGAUUAUUACAUUUUAUUUGAUUCAGUUCUUCUCGUCUACGUACGUUUAAUUUAAGGAUAAAACCUGUAUAUUUUCAUAUAUAUGUUACUAAACGUUACUUCAUUAAAU